AUGGGAAAUUCAACAGAUUUUAAAGGAGAAUUUACAAUUAAUCCUCCGCUAACGAUGGAACAGAUCCAAUACGCAACUGAUUGUUUUGAGGAUUCAAAGUCACAUAUGUAUUUACAACACGGUAAUGCUGAAUUUACUAAUGGUCAUGGGGACUUGAAUUGGGAUGGUAGCUGGUCAGUCUCUCCUGGUGGGGAUAAAAUAUUCUUCAAUCCAAUGGACAGGCUCUACGAGGGGAAAGGGUAUUUAAAGUACUUAAUAGAGCAUGCAAUAAGGCCAACUAAAUCCACCGUAAAUGGUGAGAUGGUUUUCCUUAAUGAGUAUGGUUCUUUUGGAAUAUUAGGAGUUGAAAAUAAUGAAGUGUAUGUUAUUGGUUAUCUAAAGGAAAAUGAUUUACCUCUUUAUGUAGAAGCAAGAGAAGAGGCCCUCACGCUGAAAUCCUACUCAUAUAAUGUCAGCAUAGACCAGAUUCCUCAAGAACUUAGCUGCAAUCUGUUGAUACCUGUAAUUUUCAGAUACGAUAUAGCCCUGAAAAUUACCAGAAACACAGAAUUCGUGGGAUCAUUUAAUGUUGAAAGCAUAUUUGACUUUGAAGCAUAUUUGAUGACUAAAAGCACUAAAGAGGAAUAUAUCGACAAUGAGGUAGAUAAAGAGCUAAAGAAACUUUCUGGGUGUUACACAUAUAACCCCGGAUUCCUUGCUGAAGCUGAAGAGCGCAUACGUCAAAAAAUUGAGCGCACAUAUCCAUAUAUUGCAGAACACAAUAUAGACGGUACAGUUGGUGACAGAUCAACAAAAAAUGAAUGGAUACUCUCUGAUAAUCAACAGAAACUCAUAUGGUCAGGUAUAAAAUUUAUUGCUGCUCAUAACUGGCUAGCAUUUUUAAGUUUUCUGUGCUUUGAUAUCCGAGGUUCAAUUAAAUGGGUCAAUGAACGAAAUGAACUGGGGUUGCUAACGGUAGAAAGAAUUGAGAAUCUGAAUUAUGGCAAUAAGAACUUCGUUUUCAUAGAAUUUGAUGGGAAAAAAUAUUUGGCCAAUAUUUCAUGGAGCUAUUAA